UUGGUGCGUUCAUUGUGUUUAUUGUUCAAUUUUUGCUUAUUUUUAUGUUAGAAAACGAUUCCAGUGAAAAGACCGAAAAACAAUCCUUAUAUCUUAUCGAAGGAAAUACAAUGGUGCAUUGUCGUAUUAUUUCAUGUUAAAGUGAUAGCAAGAAAAAAAUUGGCGUGAGUUUUUACGCAUUUCAACUUCUGAGGAGAAUGCUAAUCCAGUACCAUAUAAAGAUGCUGAAUUACUAUUGAAAACGGAAACAAAAACAAACAAUGCAAAAGUUUUCGAGUUUAGUUGAAAAACAAAAAAAUAUUUUAAUUAAAAAAAAGAGUAAUAAAUUUUAAAAAGUAAAAUUUAAUAAGCUUAUUUUGUUUUAAUGAAAUCCGAAAAAAUAUUUAUCUCCCAAAACAGGGAAUGCAGUUACUAUGGCAACAUUAUACGCAACAUGAGCAAACUAUCUCUGUCUCAAUCGCGGUUUCACGGCCCCUUGGUCUAUUUGUUUCUCUGUCUACAGGGUAUACCUACAAAAUACAAAUACUAAUGACAAUAGUUAGAAACAGAAUGAAAAGAAAAUUUAAUUUGGUUGAAAAAAUCGAUUCCAGUGGACACCACAAUAAUAAAGAAGUUUUCUUUUCGGAGACUGACACAGAAUACAAAAUGUACAAAAAUACUAUCUGGUACAAUUUACUAAUGAAUGCAGAGAAAACUUGUUUAAAGGAUGAACAAAUUAAAAAGAUUCAUUAUAAAUUUGAUGAUGGGAAGGAAAUGGUUGAGGAAUACAAUGUUGACACAAAAGUGUUGCUAAGAAGAGCUUGGAAAAUGAAGGGCAAACUGGGAGGAGAGGGUAAAUGGUCUGUAGAAUUAGGUGACCCUAUUCCUGAAACAACACCAAAUGCUGAUUCUAUUGCCAUUAUAGAAAGUAAAGAUCAGCCUGUUUUGUUAAAACGGAACACAAGGGUUAAUAUAGAGUGGAGGAUAAGAAAUCUACCUUAUCCUAUAGAAACAUAUUCUAUUAAAGCACAAAAUGGAGACAAGUCUAUUAUUAUUAGUACUUCCAAUAAGAAGUACUACAAAAAACUAGAGGUGCCUGAAUUAGCGAGAUUAGGUUUGCCAAUUGAACAAAUGAAUAUUGAUGCUACUCACAAAUACAAUACACUUAUUAUUACUUAUAAGAAACCACAGGAAUUAUUGAAUAUGGACAAGGAGUGGUUUGAAGAAUUGAACAAAAUCAAACCUAUUAAAGAUAUACCAAAUGAGUGUAAAACACAGUAGACUUAAAAAUAUACCAUAAGUUUUAAAUAAAAGUUUUUUUUUUAUUAAAGUACAUUUUUAUUUUUUG